AUGCCCUACAGACGGCACAGAUCAACUGCAAGACUGGAUACACCACCACCAGGAACAAAGGAGAAGACCUCCCAUAUUCCUCCUCUCGGCCGGAUGCCAAUGACCGUCCUCCUACGGUCGCUGGCAUUCACAACAGUCAUGUCAACAGCCCUUCUCAAGCCCGCAAUGGGAUUCAUGAGACUGAUGGCAACGCAUGACGCUCGGCUAUUCAGCCCGGAAAAGAAUCCCCUGGUUCGGAUGGCCCUCCGAGCCUCCUUCUACAAGCAGUUUGCCGCAGGCGAGAACGAGGCAGAAGUAGGUAAAACGAUUCGGCACAUAAAGGGACAGGGCUUUACGGGCGUCAUUCUGGGAUAUGCGCGGGAGAUUGUGAUUGCGACGCGUGGACGAGUGCCGGAGCCAGUGGAUAGUCCGACGGAGGAAGAAUUAAGGGAUAUUGAAGCGUGGAAGCAGGGAACGAGAAGGACGUUGCGGAUGGUUGGGCCUGGAGACUUCCUGGCUAUUAAAUAUACAGGCGCAGGUCGCAUUGCAGUCGAUGCGUGCCUUCAACGCCUGCCUCUCCCCCCUCCGCCGAUAAGAGACGCAAUGGACGAAAUCUGCGAAGAAGCGCGAGCACAGGGAUCCCGGAUCUGGAUCGACGCCGAGCAGACUGUCGUGCAACGGACGCUGGAUCUCUGGGUGAUUGACCUGAUGAGACGCCAUAAUCGAGGGUCCACGCCUCUCGUAUACAACACCGUGCAAACUUAUCUCAAGUCAGCACGAGACAACGUCACAAAUCACCUGCGACUGGCAUCGACUGAGGGCUGGAAUCUAGGGCUGAAGAUAGUUCGGGGUGCAUACAUCGCCAACGAGCCGCGAGAGGUCAUCCACAACACAAAGCAGGAUACAGACAAUAACUAUAACGGUAUUGUGUCUUCUCUCCUGUCGAAAGAGUUCCCCGACAAGCACCCAAACACAUCGGACCCCUAUCCGAGCUUCCCAAACAUGCACCUAUUCGUUGCCUCACAUAACGCCGAGACAGUCCAGAAGGCGUACGCACUGCACUCAUCCAGAACGCGCAAGGGCCUGCCUACCAUCCCUGUCGAGUAUGGCCAAAUACAGGGAAUGGCUGAUGAUCUCAGCUGCGACCUCCUCAGCUGGCGCCAGGCGGACCUUGAAUCCCGCGAUGAGCGGGUGCAAUCAGCUGCCCCGAGACCCUUUAAGUGUCUAUCGUGGGGUACAACCACGGAGCUAGUCCAAAAUCUAUAUAGAAGGGCCGUCGAGAAUACGGAUGCUGUGCAGAGGUCGAGGAAUAUGGCAUCUGCCUUGCGUGCAGAGUUAUGGCGGCGAACUGGAGGGCGGCUUUUCAGGUCUAGCUAG